AUGGGACCAACGACGAGUGCCGGCAAUGACUAUGGCAUGUGGUCGGUGAUAGACUGUGGCAGUGGUGUGCGGCAUGGCAAGCAUGAGAUGACGCUCUUUUUGUCGCGCUUGUCCCUGGCGUCUCUCCUCCUUCAAGAUAUCCCUCUCCCCGUCGCCAAUCAUUCCCAUUUUACUUCUCUUCCUCCUUGUCCCUUCUCCUUCUUUUGUCACGUUCGUUCGUUGAAAACUGCUGACUCCCGCGCCACGAAUCGGACUGUCCAGCCCGAGGAUGAGUUGCAAAAGCUGAAGAUGAUAAGGGCUCGUCUCAAGGACAUCAACAAGCCUCCUGUCAAAAUAAUUCAGAGUCCUGAUGGAGAUAUAAUAGACUGCGUUCUAUCUCACCAGCAACCAGCCUUUGAUCAUCCUCUAUUAAAGGGACAAAAGCCAUUGGAUCCACCAAAGAGGCCGAAUGGGCAUAAUUCGACCGCUACGGCCACGGAGACGUUACAACUGUGGAGAAUGUCAGGCGAGGCAUGCCCAGAAGGGACGGUGCCGAUUCGGAGGACGAGUGAAGCAGACAUGUUGAGGGCUUCUUCAUUUCAGAUGUUUGGGAAGAAAGUGAGUAGACAUCUCACAACAGACGAUUCAAGCAUUGCUCAUGAGUAUGCGGCGGGGUAUGUGAGUGGAGAUCAAUACUAUGGAGCCCGAGCAAGCAUAAAUGUGUGGGCACCUAAUGUGGCUGAACAAAAUGAAUUUAGCCUCGCCCAGUUGUGGGUCAACGGUGGCACUAAAGGCGUUGAUGUUAACACCAUUGAAGCUGGCUGGCAGACUUUUCCACAAUUGUAUGGGGACAGCAAUCCGAGGUUCUUCAUUUAUUGGACUAAUGAUAACUACCAAUCAGGAUGUUACAACUUGCUGUGCGCAGGAUUUGUCCAGACCAACAAUCGUUUUGUACUUGGGGGAACAGCUAAUCCAUGGUCCCUCUACAAUGCUGGUCAAUUUGAAUUUACCUUGAUGGUUUAUAAGGAUCCGGUCUCCGGGAAUUGGUGGCUCCUAGUCGAACCAAUGAUCUGGGUCGGGUACUGGCCAUCGGUCCUGUUCAAUCACCUCGGGGGCCCCGCGAACAUUGUGGACUUUGGCGGGGAGAUCUUGAACUCGAGCCCCUCGGGCUCUCAUACGAGCACCCAGAUGGGGAGCGGGCAUUUCGCCGGCGAAGGGUUUGAAAAAGCGGCCUAUUUUCGGAAUUUACAAGUGGUGAAUGGGAACAACUACCUCAUCCCUGUGCAAAACCUCCAGACCUGGGCGGAUAACUCAAAUUGCUACGACAUCCAAGGAGGGACGACCGAUGCCUGGGGGAACUAUUUCUUCUAUGGAGGACCCGGAAGGAAUGCGGGGUGUCCCUAAAUAGUCGGGGUCGUGGGUAAAAUUCAAAGAAGAAAAAGGGAAUAAAAAAAAGGUGGGAAUAAUUUCAGUCGUUCAUUAAAAUGAAUGGGUCUUUUCUUUAUCUUCAAAUUUCGAUAUAUCGAUCAAUGGGUCAUCUAGUUACAUCACCUUUAAGGGGCUGAUGAUGUAU